AUGAACGCACAGCUCUUGAUGCUUCUGCACCAUUGUCGGUAUCAAACUAUGCCAGUGGGCGAAGCUGUGUGUGAAGACCUAGAAGAGGGUUUGCGCGACCUGCUCUGUCCUAGCCUAGAUACCGCUACCGAUGUACUACAGGCAGGCGGACUCAGUGAAGGCGGCCGUCACCACCAACGUCAACAUAGACUUCAGGAGACGAUCAUGAGCGUUGCCACCUUCACCUCUUCACCUGCUCUGCAAUCCAACCGCAGAAAGACCCAGUUCAGCCACAUGCUGGCGGAAGAAUAUGCAGUAGAUGUCAUCCAGCAUAUGCACGACAGGGAGACCUAUUCAAUCGAGUCUUCAGCAUUCCUGACCACCGUACCGGCCCGUUAUCCAAGGAGCAGCACAGAAGGAAUAUCACAGCCUGUUCGCAUGGGGUUACGCAUGCCUGAUGAUCGCGUCCAAGCUCGAACAGCAACUGCUUUAGACCGCUGUCGCAAGUUGAAUGGGCGCAUGGAUUGGUGGGAUGAAGUGAUGGCGUUGUACUCUGGCUACGAGGCAAGCGGGGUAGAGGCCGCUACGUCGGAUAUGAUGGAUUUCUUUGUAUUGAGUACGGUUAGGUAAUAUGGGCUCCAGCAGCACAACACAAUAAAGCGACACAUGUUGAAGAGGACUAUCUGCAGACACAAGGACGUCAGUGCCAAUUAUUUUUCUCCCACGCACAUCUGCAGCUUGGAAGAGGGAGGAAGAGACAGACUGGUGCUCAGAUACAUCGAGAUAACAACAACACGAACAGCAUUGACGCCCAGG